CAUAUAUACACAUAAUGUCAUUCCAUACAUACAUUUUUUCAAUUGUUUACUUUGGCCUUUGGGCAGCUCAUGGCUCUGAUAUUCAUCAAGUGUCUCUCAAUGAUGAUCCCAGCCUAUUUCCAGGACAUUUAGAACCACUGGGUUCAAAGCAACCACAAGUGGAAAUUGAGACUUUAACAGAAUAUCCAAGUGAAAAAGAUUUCUUUAAGCAUUAUAUUACACCAGGGCGACCAUUUUUGUUAAAAAAUGGAGCCAAAAAUCAAGCAGCAUUUAAAAAAUGGACAGAUGAAUAUAUGAAAAGCUUUCCUGCUGCUGAAAAAGAAUUAGUACAGGUGGAACCAAACUUGAAAGAAAUCAGGGAAUCACCAGGCUUUGAAAUCCCGCUAAAAGAAUUUAUAGAACGAUACAAAAAAGAAUCAGUUUAUAUGGUUAAUAAAGUGCCAUCGUUUUUAAUGAAAGAUGUGUUAAUGCCAGCACCACUCAGAUGCAACAGUACUCGUAACUUGAUGUUAGACCAUGUGACAUGGAUGAGCAGUGGGGGUACCAAAUCAGUUUUACACGGUGACGAUUUGGAUAAUAUCAAUUGUCUCUUCAGAGGUACUAAAGAGCUGUUACUUAUUGAUCCGAAAAAAUUUGGGAAAAAGGUUCCAAUUGACAGACCAAGAGGUGGAUACUCUUCCUUAGAUGUUGACAAAGUCAAUUUUACAAAGUUCCCUGGCAUGAGAGAAGUAGAAUAUGUGCAUUGUAAAAUGGAAGAAGGAGAUUGUCUGUUUAUUCCAUUCAGAUGGUUUCAUCAAGUGAACUCUGCGGCGAACGAAAACAAACAAAAUAUCGCAGUGAACAUUUGGUUCAAACAUCAAGCAAACCAUAAACCUGAAUUUUGUAAUGUUUCUGACGAGGACGCUUCGUUAGAUAAAUGGGAGUUUCCUGGAAUGGAAAGUCUUACAGGUGACGGUGGAGAAGAAGGAGAAAAUCCAUUUCCUCUUAUAUCAUUGUUUGAGUACAUUCUUUCGAAAACAAAAUACGAACGUGCAAGUUGGAAAACGUUCCAGUCGUUAUUACAAAAGGUACCUGGAAUAAUCGUCGAAGAAGUGAUUGAUCAUUUGACCAUGACAGAGGAAUUUAAUGCACUAGCUAGAGAAAUUUUUGAAGCUUUGAAUGCAGACGGGGAUAAAUAUUUGAAGUCAGAAGAUUUCCAACUUUUAGCUAAAGACCAACACAAAGAACACGAAUUAGAAAGAUGGCUGAAUUCACAGUUGGAUAAGAUGCAGGAUAUUUUAACUAAACAGCUGGAUGAAGUUGGAUUAAAAGAGGAAACAAUCGAAGCGGGACAGACAAUUAUCAAAGAAGUGAAAACAGAACUCUGAACUAGAUGUUAAAAAAAUGGAAAUAUUGGGUGAAGUUUUUAGGAUGCUGCUUCGAAUAUGAUAUUUAUAGAUUUUCUUACGAUAAUUUUGUAAUCAGUUGUUGAUGUUGUUGUCAUAGUUUCUGUCAGAAAAUAAAGUACUGGUCGUCUUACAUUUUGCAGGA